GUCUUUACUCAUUCUUUCCUCUUAUAUAUACUUAUAUCUGCGUGUUGCCUCCAACGCAUCUUUUACACCGCCUUUGGUUUUCAUUUCCUCUUGCUUCUCUCCCUCGCCGCCGGUCACUCGCAAAGGGAGCGUACACGCACACAACAACAAGCGGACACACGCACACGUAUAUAUAUACCAUUGAACGAGUUGAGAGGCGUUGAGCCAGAACAGCACUCCUUCUUCUGCUUCUCUCGUCUUCCUCCUCCUUCUCCUCCUCGGUGAGAUGUCGCCUUCUGGUAUUAUCGAAGACUGUGCCCACACCCUCGACGUAGCGGAGGAUCACUACGCCAAGGGUGACCGCGCCACCGCGCGUCGGCUCCUGCACGCGAUUGUGCAAACGGCGGUCACCGCCGACGACGUGGACGCGAUUCGGGCGAAGGAGCAGGCGGUGUACCGUCUCGCCGAGCUCCUCACCGCGACGAAGGACGGCCCGGCUGCCAUCCAGCUUCUCACGGAUGUCCGUCCCUUCUUUCAAGUGUUGCCAAAAGCGAAGACGACGAAGAUGGUGCGGAAGCUGUUCGAGCACAUCGUGCAGUGCGGUGUCCCGCUGCAGGAGCAGGAGACGGUGUGCCUGGCUACGGUGGACUGGGCACGGCAGGAGAAGCGGACCUUCCUGCGACAUCGCCUGCAGCUGCGUUAUGUGGAGGUGCUCUUUGCAGAGAACCGUAAGAACGACGCCCUGUCGGCGCUCAGCUCUCUAUUGAAGGAGGUGCGCCGUCUUGAUGAUCGCACCCUGCUGCUGGAGAUCUACCUGCUGGAGAGCAAGCUGUACUACGCCGUGCUGGACACGCAGAAGGCACGCGCGGCGCUCGUCUCGGCGCGCACCACGGCGAACAGCAUCUACUGCCCCCCGCUGUCGCAGGCAGAGAUUGAUCUGCAAUCUGGCGUGCUGCACGCCGAGGAAAAGGAUUCCAAGACGGCGUAUUCUUACCUGUACGAGGCGUUUGAGGGCUUCCAUCAGCUGGGCGAUCAGGCCCGCCAGGCCCGCCGUGCGCUGCGCUACAUGAUUCUCGCGAAGAUCACGACGGACAUGCCGGAUGAGCUGACGGCGCUGCUGUCGUCGAAGAACGUGCUGGAGUACAAGGGCAGCGACGUGGAUGCGCUGCGCGGUAUUGCGGAGGCGUACAACAAGCAGGACACGCACCUCUUCAACGCGAUUCUUGGCAAGGCGCGCGCGGAGGCCGAGGCGGCUGGGACGGCGAACACAGAGACGGAUCUGCUGGCGGAUGAGGUGGUGCGUCGACAGGUUAAUGACAUGUACAACACACUGCUCGAGCGCCACUUAUUGAAGGUCGUGUCGCCGUACAAUCGCGUGCAGAUCGACUACAUCAGCGGCUUACUGCAGUUAGAUGCGAUGGUCGUGGAGCAGAAGCUGUCUCAACUGAUUCUCGAUCGCAAGCUGCGCGGCAUUGUGGAUCAGCAGCAUCGGUGCCUCAUCUUAUUCGAUGAGGAGGCGGCCGAGAUGUUGAAGUCUGGGAAGGAGGGGGAAGGAGAUGAGUUCUACGAGAACGCGGCCGAUGCGGCGGCGGUGGCGGACCAGACCUCGACCACGCUGUACCACGAUGCCUUGACCGCGCUGGAGUGCUACAACACCCUCGUCACCUCCCUCUUUGACAAAGUGAACGGCAAGUUCGAUGCUCUGGUGGAGGAGAACAUCGCAAAACACAAGGGCGAGAAAGACAAGGAGGAGGGGAAGCGACGGAAGAAGGAUGGUGAUGCCGAGGAGGGAGCGGCGAAGGCGCAGAAGAAGACGGAGGGGGCGCCUGCGCCGGGUGGAAAGCCCAAGAAGGACAACGCGUAA